CGGGGCCAAAGUCGGAGCUACAAACUCUGGCAUUGCGGGAACCUGUUAGCCCGAGAACCCAGCGCCGGGGCGGACUUCUCAGUUUGGGGCUCUGGGAUUAAGCGCCCGGCAGCCAGAGGCUCGGGGAUUGGACAAAAGACGGACUGAAGGCGGAGCCGAGGCCCAGAGGAGGGGCCAUGUGACCAUGUGAGGACACAGAAGGUGGCUCUCUGCGACCCAAGGAAACCAGAAAUCAACCUCGCCAGAAACCAACUCUGCUAGCACCUUGAUGUUGGACUUCCGGUCUCCAGAACUAUGUGAAAGUUGAUGUCUUUUGUUUAAGAUUCCUAGUCCGUGGUAUUCUGUUAUGGCAGCUGAAGCAGACUAAGGGCGGCGUGCGGGCGAUGGAGCGCGCGGUGGAGCCCUGGGGCCCGGAUCUCCAGGGCGCAGAGGAGAGGGAGCAGCUGAGAGGCGCCCGCACAGGUUUAGGGAGUGAGAAUGUGGAGAUUGCUCAGCCGGAUGAGUUUGAACAUCCCCCCCAGGAGGAUGACUUGGGGUUCAAGGAAGAGGAAGAUCCGGCUCCAGGUCAUGAAGUAGGAAAUGCCUCUCUCAAACCUGAAGGCAUCCAGACCUGGGAUGACUUGUGGGUCCAGAGAGAGGGACCGGGAAAACCUCAGGCUCGGGACAGAGGUCCCCGGCUCCUGGGAGAGCCACGCUGGGGCCAGGCUAGCGAUCGGGCUGCCGUGUGUGGUGAGUGUGGCAAGAGCUUUCGGCAGAUGUCAGAUCUGGUGAAACACCAGCGGACCCACACAGGGGAGAAACCCUACAAGUGUGGGGUCUGCGGCAAGGGCUUUGGGGAUAGCUCUGCCCGUAUCAAACACCAGCGAACUCAUAGUGGUGAAAAGCCCUACAGAGCCCGACCACCAGCCCAGGGUCCCCCAAAGAUUCCUCGGUCCAGGAUCCCGGCUGGUGAGCGCCCCACUAUCUGCGGUGAAUGUGGCAAGAGCUUCCGGCAGAGUUCUGACCUGGUGAAACACCAGCGGACACACACGGGUGAGAAGCCCUACAAAUGUGGCAUCUGCGGCAAGGGCUUUGGUGACAGUUCUGCUCGUAUAAAGCACCAGCGGACACACCGGGGGGAGCAGCCACCCCGGCCCGUGGUGCCCAGACGGCAGCCUUCUCGAGCAGCCACAGCAGCCCCACAGGGACCCAAGGCCCAGGACAAGCCAUAUAUCUGCACCGAUUGUGGCAAAAGAUUUGUGCUCAGCUGCAGCCUUCUGAGCCACCAGCGCAGUCACCUGGGGCCCAAACCUUUUGGCUGUGAUGUGUGUGGAAAGGAGUUUGCCCGGGGCUCAGACCUGGUGAAGCACCUGCGGGUGCACACGGGAGAGAAGCCCUACCUGUGCCCUGAGUGUGGCAAGGGCUUUGCCGACAGCUCUGCCCGGGUCAAACACCUCCGCACCCACAGUGGGGAGAGGCCUCACGCCUGUCCGGAAUGUGACCGCACCUUCAGCCUCAGCUCCACCCUCCUCCGCCACCGCCUCACUCACAUGGAGCCCCAGGACUUCAGCUUCCCAGGCUACCCUUUGGCCCCCCUGAUCCCCAGCCCACCCCCCAGCUCAAGCCCACCCCCACCUCCUCUUGGCACAAGCCCCCCACUGACACCUCGAAGCCCUUCACACUCAGGUGAUGGGCCUUUUGGCCUGCCUGGCUUGGAGCCAGAGCCCGGGGGCCCACAGGCUGGGGAGCCACCCCCACCACUGGCAGGUGACAAGCCCCACAAGUGCCCUGAGUGUGGCAAGGGCUUCCGCCGAAGCUCGGACCUGGUGAAACACCAUCGUGUGCACACAGGGGAGAAACCCUACCUCUGCCCUGAAUGCGGCAAGGGUUUUGCUGACAGCUCGGCCCGAGUCAAGCACCUCCGCACCCACCGAGGUGAACGGGCUCGGCCACCACCACCAUCCACUCUCCUGAGGCCACAUAACCCCCCUGGCCCAGCACCCAUGGCCCCUCGACCCCGAGUCCGAGCCCAGCCCUCUGGACCCAGCCAGCCCCAUGUGUGUGGCUUCUGUGGGAAGGAGUUUCCCCGGAGCUCAGAUCUGGUCAAACAUAGGCGAACACACACUGGGGAGAAGCCAUAUAAGUGUGCAGAGUGUGGCAAAGGUUUUGGUGACAGUUCUGCCCGAAUCAAGCACCAGCGUGGGCACUUGGUCCUGAGGCCCUUUGGGACAGGGGAUGGUCGGGCAAGGCCCCUCAAAGAGGAGCCGCCAACAGGACUGGAAUGAUGGGGUCCAGGGAAGGUGGAGGCCCAGGAGACCAAAGGGAGGGUAUCGGCUGCUUAAGCAGAGAAGAAAGGGCCGGGGAGGUGGUGGGAGGGAGAAGAAGGGGAAGAAAUGGGAGAAAGGAGUGAAUAGAUAGAAAUAGAGAUUGGAGACAAUGACCUUGAAGCUCAGGAAACUGUCCUGGCUGGGCUCAGUCAGGAUCUUGACAGUGUGGUCUAUACCCCCAGCUUCUAGAACACUGCCUUGUACUCUGAAUAGUGUAGGCACUCAAUAAGUACUUGUUGAAUGAAUAAACUGGCCUUAGCCUGAGGGCCCUUAAAGAACUCUAAAUUCCUGCUGCCUCUUAACCUGUUAAGGAUUGUUCCUACCCAACCUUGCCCUUAGGAGACCAGCACCCUGGCCAGCACCAAACAGGGUUUGACCUGUGUUUACAACAGAGAGACUUCAGGAUUUUGGGGUGGUAGAGAGGCAGGAGCAUCUUGAACCUUCUGAUGGGGAGAGUGUUGCUGUGUGGACUGCAGUACGCAGGCUCAGGCCCCUGGACAUGGCCUUAGCCAGGAAGGGCGCUCUUGGACAGCCCAGACCCAUCUGCCCUGGAGAACCCCAACCUGCCCUGACACCUGGACACUGGCAGAAUAGACCAGAGACAGCAGAAGGAGCACUCCUACACUCGAUGCCAAGCCCAGGUCCUGGUGGACGUCAGCAGAGACAAACUGGCUGGGAGAAGGGCAGGACUGGAGUGAGGAGAGGCCAGGGAAGCUCCAAGGCAGGACAGCCACAUUUCCAUGUAUCUCCUUGCCAAUAAACUUUCUUGUCUGAA